AUGUCCCCUUCUACCUCCCUCCAGCUUGAGCCAUUGACGCAGGUGGACAGCCUCGCUCUCACCGACUUAUGGUUCGCUGCUUUUACGGACCCCGAUCUCGCUCGCGUUUUCCCAAACACCCCGGGCGUACGCCAGUGGCUUGAAGAUGCUAAUUACCAUGAUAUAACACACAAACCCUUUCAAAAGUACAUCAAAAUUGUGGACAUGAAUACGAUGGAUGAGCAUGGCCAGCCCCGCAUCGCCGCCUAUGCUAAGUGGGACUUAUCAAUGCCGGAGGAGCGAGGGCGACGCUAUCCGCCCUGGCAUCCAGAGAUGCCUGCCGAGCUCUGCGAGGCAUUCUUCCAGAAAGAAGAAGCAAAUCGGAAACGAGUUAUGGGCGAUCUGGAACACUUUUGUACGAGUCCCCCCUUCCCUGUGGCGCAAUAUCAAUGCUUCUUAGCUAGACUACUAAAGGAACUGGACCCAGACUUGGAUACGGUGGCGACACAUCCUGACUAUCAGCGACGAGGAUGUGGCUCAAUGCUUGUACAAUGGGGGGUGUGA